GCGCGCGCGGCUCCGCCCACUCCGGGCAGCUGCUGGGCGGGAAGGCGGCGCCUGGGUCGCGCUGGCUGCGGCUCCUCAGAUUGGAAAAGAAGUCCAUGUUCACACUGGGUGAAGGAAGCUGAAGCCACAGAAAUGACUGAGUCCUACAUGAAGAAGCUGUCCUCCCCCCUGCUGGACGCCAUCACCGAUAAGGACCCCAUGGUGCAGGAGCAGGUCUGCAGUGCCCUGUGCUCCCUCGGGGAAGUGCGGCCAGUGGAGAUGCUCCGCGCCUGUGAGGAGUACCUGCGGCAGCAUGACAAGCUGGCACACCCAUACCGAGCGGCAGUCCUGAGGGCUAUGGAGAGGGUCCUGAGCAGUCGUGCCAGUGAGCUGGACAAGGACACAGCCAGCACCAUCAUCCUCCUGGCCUGCAGCGAGAUGACCAAGAUGAAGGACCUGGUCGGGGACUGGCAGCAGGCAGCAAGUGGCGUCCUGGUGGCCGUGGGAAGGCAGUUCAUCAGCAAGGUGAUGGAGGAGCUGCUGCGCAGGCUGCAGCCCGGGGCCCUGCCACACUGUGCCGUGCUGCACACACUCGCCAGCCUCUCGGUGGCCAACGCUUUCGGAGUAGUUCCCUUCCUGCCAUCCGUCCUGAGCUCCCUGCUGCCUGUGCUGGGCAUGGCCAAGCAGGACACGGUGCGCAUGGCGUUCUGCUCUGCUCUGCAGCGCUUCAGCGAGGGUGCCCUGGAGUACCUGGCUAACCUGGACCGAGCCCCAGACCCCACGGUCAGGAAGGAUGCCUUCGCCACCGACAUCUUCAGCGCCUACGACGUUCUCUUCUACCAUUGGCUGCAGAGUAGAGAAGCCAAGCUCCGACUCGCCGUGGUGGAGGCUCUGGGGCCUAUGAGCCAUCUGCUGCCCAGUGAGAGGCUGGAAGAGCAGCUGCCCAAGCUCCUCCCUGGGAUCCUCGCCCUCUACAAGAAGCACUCAGAGACCUUCUACGUGUCCAAGAGCCUGGGCCAGAUCCUCGAGGCAGCUGUGAGUGUGGGCAGCCGCACACUGGACACCCAGCUGGAUGCCCUCCUGGCCGCACUGCACUCCCAGAUCUGUGUGCCUGUGGAGUCCUCAAGCCCCCUGGUGAUGAGCAACCAGAAGGAGGUGCUGCGCUGCUUCACUGUGCUGGCCUGCAGCUCGCCUGACCGCCUACUGGCCUUCCUGCUUCCCAGGCUGGACUCUAGCAAUGAGAGGACCCGCGUGGGCACCCUGCAGGUGGUCAGACAUGUCAUCAAUUCGGCUGCUGCUCAGAUGGAAGAUAAGAAGCCUUUUAUCCUCUCUUCCAUGAGGCUUCCUCUUCUGGACACCAAUAGCAAGGUGAAGCGGGCAGUGGUGCAGGUGAUCAGCGCCAUGGCCCACCAUGGCUACCUGGAGCAGCCUGGAGGUGAGGCGAUGAUUGAGUACAUCGUGCAGCAGUGUGCGCUGCCCCCCGAGCAGGAGCCUGAGAAGCCAGGCCCCGGCAGUGAGGACCCCAAGGCCGACAGCGUGCGGGCCAUCAGCGUGCGCACCCUCUACCUGGUCAGCACCACCGUGGACAGGAUGAAUCACGUUCUCUGGCCAUACCUGCUCCAGUUCCUCACGCCUGUGCGCUUCACCGGGGCCCUGACUCCACUCUGCAGGAGCCUCAUGCAUCUGGCACAGAAGAGGCAGGAGGCCGGGGCCGACACCUUCCUCAUCCAAUAUGACACCCAUGCGAGCCUCCCGUCUCCCUAUGCUGUAACUGCAAGACUGUUGGUUGUGUCUUCCAGCCCCUACCUGGGGGACGGACGUGGGGUGGCAGCGCUGCGUCUCCUCAGUGUUCUGCACCCUAACAUUCACCCUUUGCUGGGUCAGCAUUGGGAGACAACUGUCCCACUGCUGCUGGGGUACCUGGACGAGCAUACGGAAGAGACCCUGCCACAGGAGGAGUGGGAGAAGAGGCUGUUGAUGUUCCUGCAAGACACCCUGGCCAUUGUUUCUGACAACGCAUGGAUCUGCCAGCUGAGCCUGGAGCUGUGCAGGCAGCUGCCCUGCUACGAUGGGGUGCCCCAGGAGAAGAACUUCCUGUACAAAUGCAUAGGCACCACCCUGGGUGCUGCUUCAAGUAAGGAGGUGGUGAGGAAGCACCUUCAGGAGCUGCUGGAGACGGCCAGAUAUCAGGAAGAGGCAGAACGCGAGGGCCUCGCCUGCUGCUUUGGGAUCUGUGCCAUCUCCCACCUUGAGGACACGCUGGCCCAGCUGGAAGACUUCGUGAGGUCAGAGGUGUUCAGAAAAUCCAUCGGCAUCCUCAACAUUUUUAAGGACCGGAGCGAGACUGAGGUGGAGAAGGUGAAGAGUGCACUGAUCCUGUGCUACGGCCACGUGGCAGCCCGGGCCCCCCGAGAGCUGGUGCUGGCCAAAGUGGAGUCGGACAUCCUCCGGAACAUCUUCCAGCACUUCAACACCAAGGUUCUGGGAGUAAAGGUAGAAACCAAGGACCCAGCCCUGAAGCUGUGCCUUAUCCAGAGUGUGUGCAUGAUCAGCCACGCCAUCUGCAGCAGCACCCAGGCUGGCUCCUUCCACUUCAGCCGGAAAGCAGAGCUGGUGGCGCAGAUGAUGGAGUUCAUCAGGGCAGAGCCUCUGGACUCCCUGAGGACACCUAUUCGGAAGAAAGCCAUGCUCACCUGCACUUACUUGGUCUCCGUGGAGCCGGCGCUGGACAAGCAGGCCUGGGCCAAUGUGAUCCAUGGCUGCCUGCACAGUGUCAUGGCCCUGCUGCCUGAGCCCAAGGGGGAGGACGGAGGCUGCAAGGAGUCUCUGUAUCUGGACACGCUGCACGCCCUUGAGGAUCUGCUGACUAGCCUUCUACAGCAGAACAUGACCCCCCAGGGCCUACAGAUCAUGAUUGAGCACCUGAGCCCAUGGAUCAAGUCCCCAAGAGGUCACGAGCGAGCACGGGCCCUGGGCGUAAGUGCCCACCUGCUGCGCUACUUCCUGGAGCACCUGCAUGUCAGCGCCCUGGUACCCUUCCACAACCUGGGUCUCCUCGUCGGCCUCUUCUCCCCGAGGUGUGCGGACCUGUGGCCUGCCACCCGCCAGGAGGCUAUGGACUGUGUCCACUCCCUGCUCUACCUCCAGCUCGGCUAUGAGGGCUUCUCCCGGGACUACCGCGAUGACGUGGUGGAGCGGCUCCUCAGCCUCAAGGAUGGCCUAGCGCACCCUGACCCCACCAUUCUCUUCCACACCUGCCACAGUGUAGGCCAGAUCAUUGCCAGGCGCCUCCCACCAGACCAGCUCAUCAGCCUCUUGCUAACUAUGUUUGAGGGCCUGGGAGACCCCGACCAGAACUGCUCACGAGCAGCUACCGUCAUGAUCAACUGCCUGCUGCAGGAGCGGGGUGGAGCGCUCCAGGAGAAGGUGCCCGAGAUCAUGAGCAUGCUGCGCUCCAAGCUUCAGGAGGCCCAGGGAGAGCAUGUCCUGCCAGCCGCCCAGCACAGCGUGUACCUCCUGGCCACCCAGCACUGUGCAGCCGUGGUGUCCAGCCUCCUGGGCAGCCCCCUGCCCUUGGACAGCCACACCUGCAUGCUGUGGCGGGCACUGGCGGCGGAACCUCGCCUGGCUACCCAGGUCCUGGGGCUGCUGCUGGAGAUGAUGAGCAGGGACGUCCCAUUCAAGGAGAGCCGAGCCUUCCUGCUGGGCCGAACCCCAGACCGCGUGGCCACGCUGCUGCCUCUCUCGGCCACCUGUGCGCUGUUCGAGGUCAUGUCCACUCCUGCGGUGGGGCCAGCCGUGCUGGAACUCUACCCCCAGCUGUUUGUGGUGCUUCUGCUGCGCGUCAGCUGCACUGUGGGUGUCCAGCUGCCCCGGAACCUGCAGGCUCAGGAAAGGAGGGGUGCCAGUCCAGCCCUAGCCACCAGGAACCUGGAGCCCUGCAGCCUGGAGUGCAGCCCUUGGUCCAGAUGGCGCCUUGCAGGCCUCAAGACCUGGAGCAGGGUGUGGAGCUGGAGGCUGAGCCAAACUGACCGUGGGUCCUUCUGCUUGGGCUGGCCCAGCCUGCUGGUGUCAAGGGCACCUCCCGUGAACGCAGUGACGGGUGUGCUUCUCAGCUCUGCUAUGGUCAGUGCUGGCUGUCCUGUUCCCAGGGCUAGAAGCCCCCUUGGCACCCAGGCUACCUGGGCUCAAAGAUCAGGCCCCACACUGGAACCAUGGGACUCCUGGUACACCCAGAGCUGCCUUCUAGCAUGUCCUGCCUUGGGGAGGGACCCCCGAGAGUGGAGCCUGGGGUUACUCAUCAAGGGCCAUGUGAGGGGCUGGCCCUGCUGUUGGUUAGCACCAGGCCACCCAGACAUACCCAUGGGGGCAGUGGUAUACUGGAAGCAGACCCCUGGCACCUGCUUCCUGGGCUGCCAAGACCCCCAUGGCCCUCAGCUGCUGCAGCUUCUGCGCAGCUCUCAGGCCACCUCAGUCCUGCUGGCAUCACCGGCCUGUGUGUCCAACCUCCCAGAAGCUUCAUGAGACCCAUCACUAGAUCUCUAACAAGCUUGUCCUGUGCUCCUGCGCUCACCACACCCUCCUGGAUCCCACCUGCAUGAGAGCCCUAAACACCAUCCAGGCGAGCAGGACCUGUCCCCCAGCUUGGCAGGGCCACUUGCUCCCUGCCGGGCCCACCCCACGUCCCAGCACCUGCGGCCUCCUGGUCAAGAGGCCAUUACGGGAAGGGAGCCUGUGGGACACCUGGCAGGUGACCAGUGCAGUGGCAGUCACCACAGCCAGUGGCCACCACAUGGCUCAUGCCGCUUGGGGGUUGUCUUCUCUGGGCCAGGCGCUCGUGGGGACGAAGCCUUGUGGAGGCAGAGGUCCACAGGCAUCAGGGGCCUAACGUGUGAGGUGCUAGUGGGCAGCAGAAAGCCACGUGGCAGGGGCCGUGGGCACCCGAGUUGCAAGGGAGGGUCCUGCUGGGUGGGGAUGCUGGUGCAGGGCACCCUCUUCCCCAGACCAUGCCUGUUGGGUCACACGCUAUGUCCUGCCCACCGGCAGCCUCGGCAGAGAAGGGCUCAUUUGAGCUGAUGGCAGAUGCCAGGUUCAAGCCGGGCCCUGUGGAGGCUUCAACAUCAAACUCUCCCUGUCAGUUUCUGGCCUCUGGGGAGUCAGGAGAGAUGGAGAGUUGUCCAAGUGUCAGGCCAGCGGUGGCCCGAGUUCCUGCCUGUUCGCUCUCUGGGGUGGGAGUGGGAAGAGACCUGCCUGCUCUUCAGCAUGGGUGGGCUGGGUGCACCCCUGCAGCCACUCCAGCUCUGAGCACCAUCCUCCCACUCACUUGCCAGCCAGCCUCAGCCAACACUGGGAAUGGAUCAGGGGCUUGGCUUGGCUGCUUCCCAGAGGGCUAUGGAGUCUCCUGGGGUACAGAUGUGAGAGCCUGAGGUGCCAGGCAGGAAAGGCCCAGGGGUGGGCACCUGUGGUAUGGGUGCCCAGCAUUGUCCAGAUGUCCAGAAAGGCAGGCAGGUGUGGCCAGGGGGCUUUAGCUGUGUCCAGCUCUCACUUGGAUACCUCCAGGCCAACAUCUGCAUCCUUGCCUUGGGUGGGGAAAACGGGGGCGCUCCAGCAGGUGGCCCAGAGCCUGCUUCCUGGAGGAUGACUCUGGCAGGAAUAGGGCUAGCCGCCAGGUGGACAACACACAGUGGCUGCAGACCGGAGUGGCUCCUCAGGAAGGGAGGAGGGCACAUGUGUCCCCACCAGCUGAGCACCCUGGUAAUCCUGCAGCUCUGCUGUGGACACCCUGCGGGCUGUGCUGCUCCGAAGCGGCAGCGAGGCUGUGGCCCAGC